CGAAUAGAAUCCUGCGAGAGACGCGCGGGAGGGAGGGAGGCGGGCAGGCAGGCGCGCGGGCGAGCAGCGGGCGGACGGGGAGGGCAGGCGCGGGGGCGAUACGAGGGAGAGCGAGAGGGAGAGAGCGAGAGGCUCGGGGAGAAAUCUUGGAGUCGGACGAGGACAAGCGCGGAACAUGGAGAUGGCAUUUGAGGCAGCAAAAUAGCAGGUUCCCUCGCUCGGACGUCACAUUGGUUCCGCAUCGAAGGGAAUCGUCGGAGGUCAGGCGAGUUCGCGAGAGCCACUGCAGUCUAGCGAGCGAGCGAGCAUUAUUCCUCUUUUUGCAGCUGGUCUUUUCCGCCUGCGUUGGUCGGUCGAGUGAGCUCGUCCUUGCGAAUUCCAGGCGAGCGAAGCCAUGGCGUUCCUUGCCACCAGAUCAUUGAGUUCCAGAUUUGGACCACAUGUUUGCGUGGGCAGAAUUGAUGCCUUUUCUGGCCCAGUCACUGCCUAUGUGCCUUCUCCAAGAUCAACUGCAGGUGGCUCAUCGGCUGCACAAGCUCAGCCUAGCUUUAGUACAAGUCGCAGGCAGACAACGUCUACCCGACAACAUCGACCACUUGUGACAUGUGUCGCAGUCUCAUCCGAUGCUCUGGUCGAUGUGGAGGAUGAACAAUCUGCACCCGAGGAGGAAAUCAGCCCCUUGACACCUACUUCAUUUGAGGUGCAGUCAUUGCUCAUGGAGCUCUGUGAUGAGACUAGCAUAGCUGAGCUUCAGCUGAAGGUAGGUGCUUUCAAGCUGAGCGUGAAGCGGGAUGUGGGGAAAAUAAAGUCCACAACUGCUACUCCACAAGCAACUCCUCCACCAGUUCCAUCUAGGCCGAUGGUGGACUCACUUCCGGCUGCUCCUCCAGCUCCCGCCUCUGCGCCUAAGACUUCCACUUCAACGUCGAUGCUUUCAUCUGUUUCAAAGCCACUCUCUAGCGUGUUCGCGCUGUUGGAGUCAGCAGCAGACGAGGGUCUGCUAUUUGUGAAGUCACCAAAGGUUGGAUACUUUCGGAAAGGGCGUGUUGUGAAGGGAAAAAGUGGUCCACCGUUGUGUGAAGAGGGCCAAUCGAUCAAGGAAGGUCAUGUGGUGUGCUAUUUGGAGCAACUCGGGACUCAGCAACCAGUGGAGUCCGAUAUAUCUGGAGAAGUUGUGAAGGUUUUGUGGGACGACGGAGAACCUGUGGGAUACGGAGAUCCCCUGAUCGCCAUAAGGCCAUCGUUUCCUGGUAUCAAGAAGUUGACGUAAGGCGGUGGCAGACUCAGAGAAGUACGAGACGACUUACAAGUCGAGUACAUCGUUGGAAUGGAGCAUCAUUCAUCAAAGCCUGCGGUAGUGUGUUGUCUCCAUGAAGGAUGUGGACUUUUCAACAUAGUGUGGCGAGCCGUACCUAUACGCUUCUAGAAUCAUCGGCAUGAGAAAGAACUUGAAGAGAAUGUUCAACACGUGGACCUGUGAACAAGCGCCACAUCUACAGUUAAUACAAGGCAUAUCAACAGUUUUAGUCAGACACGUCAGGAAUCCAAUCACCAUCAUCCCUUUAGAGAUGGAAAGGUGGCGAGUAAAUACCUAAAAAAUUGGGAAGACUAUCAUAUAGACGGAACAAGUUUUGAGAACCCUCUUUACAUUCUUAUUCGUUCCGCCUGUCUGUCUUAUUCAGUAUUCUCAAAUAACUUUUCAAAGGAGAGAGAAAUCUAAAGACCUUUGCUUUUGAACCACUUUAAUUUCCGCGGCUGAUGCCACUUCCUUCGGACUGGGCAAGGCUCAUGUGGCAUUCUUUUCUGGAUCAUUUUUCCGCAAUUGAGUAUUUUGAUUACUACCGCAUUAAGAUCUAUAAUUAUAUUCCAGUUUCUCAUACUAUUUUAUCUUAGUCCUUUUUCCAUUCUCUUCAUAGGUUUGGGGGCUUGUUCCAACAAUAGAUUUUGCCGUUGAGACAUUUCAAGUAACCAUGCGACAACGAUUGGGUUCAGAACUGCCAUUUAGCGUUCAACGGUAAUUUCAGUA